UUAUUUUAAGUUAUUUUUGUGGAAGUGGUGCUAUUUUGUGAUAAUUUAAUUGGUUAUAAUAAAAGGUUUAUUUAUAAAGCAUUGUUAUGCGGCAUUUUUACUCAUCAUAAGUGCUUAACAAUGUCAAUAAUGAAACAAAAUAUUAUAAAAUUAGUUUAAGCUAUUAAUUAAUUAAUAAUGUCAAAAAUAUAUAUGGGGAGCCGUUUGGGAGCCGAAAGAGCCGGCUCUCCACAGUAAGAAGAGCCAUUAGAGCCGCAUCUCGAAAAGGAGCCGAAAAUCCCAUCACUGGUUUCCUCAACCUCUUCCGGAAACAGGAAUUUCGGGAACAUUUUCUUCUCUGAUCUUCAACACAGAAGAUCUGAAACGAGCAUCAAUGCUGAACUGGACCACCUCGUCUCUCCUGCUGGUUCUGAUUCUGUGUUCUGCUGCUCUGGGAUGAAGAUGAUCUCCAGGAUCCUGCUGCUCCUCAUCCUCAGCUCAUGUCUCUGUGCAGCAACAUUUGUAGUGAAUGUGACACAGAGCAGCUAUCAGGCAGAGGAGAACCACAGCAUCACUCUGGAGUGGACCUUCCCCACCAAGACUCAGGGAACCUCCAGGGAUCUGUUCAUCUACUGCAGCCUGGUGGCUCCUCAUAAAGAAUCAGUUCUCUAUCAGGUCCAUGAAGGUGUUGAGAUUCCAGACUCUCAAGAUGAUCAGUUUUCAGGACGAGUCCAGAUUGACAAAGACGUCCUCAGAGAAGGACGAAUCAGACUCCACGUGUCCAGACUGAGGACUGAAGACUCUGGUCUGUAUGUGUGUGACGUGAAAACUGAAGAUGGUUCCAACAAUGCUGACUGUCGACUCAGCGUUACUGGUCAAGAGAAGGUGGUUGGUGGUCAUGACUUGAUACAUGCAAAGGUGGGAGACGACGUUAUUCUGCCAUGUCAUCUGGAGCCUCCAUUUGACAUGAACAGUCUUACAAUCGAAUGGAGAUUCCAGGGUCAAAUAAUACAUGUGCAGCGCCGUGGAGCUAAAGAUGAUGAAUCUUCAGACCCAAAGUACCAGGGCAGAACCUCUAUGUUCCAUGAUGAGUUUAAAAAAGGAAACAUUUCCCUCAGAUUGAUCAAAGUAACCAAGGAGGAUGAAGGGAAUUAUACUUGUUUUGUUCCCAAACUGCAAAGUCAAGUCAGGAAGGUGAAAGUUACUCUAAAACUUGAUAAAAAUGUAGCCCAAGGCAACUUGCCUGCUACUAGAGGACCUGAUCCUGGAGUUAUUGGUGGUGUUGUUGUUGUUGGAGCACUCAUCCUCAUCUUCAUCAUAAUCUAUGUUGUACGUCGCCACAGAAGUGAACAAAUUUUUCCAUGCUGGAACAACAAGUCUCAAAAUGUACAAGGGAGAAAUGAUGGAGAUCACAGAGAAAAUGGUAACCAAGGAGAUGGAGCUGAAGAAAGACCUUUACAGGACGUGGGAAAAUCAAACCAAAGUGUCUGAAUUCAUCAUCCUGAUCUGAAAUCUCCUUCAUAUCACUUGUUGGUAUGAAAACUGUUACAUGUAUAAAACUGUGAAUAAUAAUAAAAAAAACUGUAUGCCUUAAACCCAAAAGCAAGUCCUUCAUAUUAGAUCAAAGAUUUAAUAAUCUUU